AUGAGCUUCAGCGUUGCGGGCAUGGAGAAGGAGCGCGGCGCGGCGGCGGCGGUGGAGGAGAUCCGGCGCCUACCGGCGGAGGUCAACUGGGAGAUGCUCGACAAGUCCCGCUUCUUCGUCCUCGGCGCCGCGCUCUUCUCCGGCGUCUCCGCCGCGCUCUACCCGGCCGUCGUCGUCAAGACGCACCUGCAGGUCGCGCCGCCCCCGCAGGCCGCCGCCGCCACCGUCAGGGCCAUCCUCGGCCGCGACGGCCUCCGGGGCUUCUACCGCGGCUUCGGCGCCUCGCUGGCCGGCACCGUCCCCGCGCGCGCGCUCUACAUGGCCGCGCUCGAGGCCACCAAGAGCUCCGUCGGGUCCGCGGCCGUCCGGUUCGGCGUCUCCGAGCCCGCGGCGUCGGCGGUCGCCUCGGCCGCGGCGGGGGUCUCGGCCGCCGUCGCCGCGCAGGUGGUGUGGACCCCGGUCGACGUCAUCAGCCAGCGGCUGAUGGUCCAGACCUCCGCCGCCUGCCGCUACGCCGGCGGCGCGGACGCGUUCCGGAAGAUCCUCGCGGCCGACGGCGUCCGCGGCCUGUACCGCGGCUUCGGCCUCUCCAUCAUCACCUACGCGCCGUCCAACGCGGUGUGGUGGGCGUCCUACGCCAUGGCGCAGCGCUUCGCGUGGCGCGUGGUGGGCGCGGACCGCUCCGAAAGCUACCCGGCCCUGAUGGCCGUGCAGGGCGCCAGCGCGGCCGUGGCCGGGGGCGCGGCGGCGCUGGUGACCAUGCCGCUGGACACGGUGAAGACGCGGCUGCAGGUGAUGGAGACGGACGCGGCGGUGGCGCGGCCGACGCUGGGGAGCACCAUGCGGGGCCUGCUCAAGGAGGGCGGGUGGGCAGCGUGCUACCGCGGUCUGGGGCCGAGGUGGGGCUCCAUGUCGCUCUCCGCCGCCACAAUGGUCACCACCUACGAGCUCCUCAAGCGGCUGUCGGCCAAGGAGGGCUCCCUGGGCUAG